AUGCACAAACAGGCAUGGAUAUGCAUCCCACCACAGGACCAAGUGUUUUGCGUCUACAAUACGAUCGAUAGUUCCGGCUCCAUCAGGCCCGCUAUGCAAGGGUGCGGGGUGAUGACCAACAGGACGAUGACCAUCCCGCAGGCUCGAGCCCAUUUGCAGCACAACGAUGCAGCCAUGAGAGAAGUCGAGACUGUGUGCCACUGGGGCCUCAGCCUCAUCGAGCAUAUCAACGGGGGAUCGCUGCUCAGAAGGGCAUCAUUCCGGCGAAACACGAGGCCAAGACUCCAAUCCCAGUCUUCCAGCCCGGGUGGAAGGGCUCAUGCUAAGCCUUAUAGGCCUCAAGCUACGGCCCAACAGAACGUCCUAGCAUGUGGGGACGUGACCCUGGGCCUUUGGUCAGAUCUGUUUUCCGAUCAGGCCAGGCACCAGUUGAAAAAGCAACACCAGGUGCAGGCGACCUGGCUACGCCAGAUUUGA